ACCUGCGUCUCAUCUGACUUUUGCAUAAAUACAUACUUUUUCCUCAAAAUGUUGCAAAAAUUGGUCGGAAUUUCUCUACUUCCGUGCCUUGUGUUGGGUCAAGUAUUUCCGGGCGGUCCGUUUCCAGGCGGAAUACAAUCCUGCUAUAACACUCCGUCCAAUGGUCAACCGUACGGGGAAUGUUUGCAAGACGAUUGUUGCGAAGGUGGCGUCGCGAUUUCGAAUUUGUGUCCCAAUUAUGCCAACAAUAUUCGGUGCUGCUUCUCCCGAAAUAGGUGCACGACGGGAUGCGGUGCCUGUUACGACGUGGAGGCGAAAGAUUAUGCGUGUCGCAUUCUCGCAAUGCACGAGCGAGGAGAAAUUCGUCUCAAAUCGGACCAUUUCAGCGCCGACGGGAAUAAUCCGUACGAUGGGGCGUCGGCCCUGUCAAACGUUCGGGACACGUGUUACGGCCGCCAGGUCAAGAGAUCCAAUUUUUUAAAUCGAAGCUACUGCGCAGCCGCGCCGGGUGGGUGUGUCUGCUUGAAGGGUUCCAUGCUUCGUGCCAUGCACACUUACGCAGUCAACUUUCGUGCCCAGUAUGGGCAAUCGAUUGACAUCAACGCCAUCGCGGGGUCGUGCCACUCCUCCACCUCGUGGCAUUAUCAGGGAAACACGUGGGACAUUUCAUGCUCAACUCCGCGAAAUCACUGCACCGCUUUGAGAGAUUUCUGCCUCGCGCAAAACAUUGUGGAAGCCUGUUACCCGGGAUCCAGCUGCGGCGGGCAUGAAACCUGGGUCCACUGCGCAUUCGCGUAAACAAAGCGAACCAAAUCCAACUUUUUGACCAAAUGCACAACUACAAAUAAAUAUUAUACAUGAAAAAAAUUCAACUUACUGAAUAAAUGUAAUACAAUUACAGCAAAAUUAACGCAAAUUAUGCUUAUCUAAUUCUUUCAUUUAAUGAGCAAAUAAAUAAAUCAACUAAUUAUAUAUCAACCCUA